ACUUUAUUUUAGGUGAUAUAUGGGAUUGCAGGUGCGUUGUCUGCUUCACGAUAUUCCGUAUGUUACAUUCGAGGCCCUCUGCGUUUAAGAAUAAGCGUUAUUCAUAAGCUUUAAAUUUAUUGAGGAAAUUAAAUCAAAUUCAGUUUUGAUGAGUGACUCGGAGUCUGCCUCUAAAUCAGACGAUUGCCAGAGCAAGGGAGAAGACCGUCAACAUGUAACCGAAAACGGCAAGCCGAAGACCAAGUCAAGAGCUAAAGUGUUCAGCAAGCGUCAUAAAACUCAUGAGAUCCAGAAGGCUCUGUUCAAAGACCCAGUAGAUGUAGCACGCCUCAGACAGCUGUCCAUCAGCAGGGGUGGGCUCAUCAGUGAUGAACUUCGGAGGAAGGCAUGGCCAAAACUCCUGGGAGUUAAUGUCUUGGACAUUGACGAAAAGCCAUCCCAGGAGGUGUUGACAGCUCAUCGGGACUAUGAUCAGGUGGUGCUGGAUGUCAACAGGUCACUCAAACGCUUUCCUCCAGGGAUGGAGGAGUCCCAUCGCAUGGCCAUGCAGGACCAGCUGGUAGACUGCAUCAUGAGGGUUCUUGUCAAGCACGAAGAACUACACUAUUACCAGGGUUACCAUGACAUCUGUGUGACAUUCCUUCUGGUUGUGGGAGAAGACAUUGCCUUUGCCUUAGUAGAAAAACUCUCCCUCAAUCACCUACGAGACUUCAUGGAUGCCAACAUGGAUCGGACCAAACAUAUGUUGAAUUAUCUGUAUCCCAUCAUUCACAAAGCCAAUCCUGAACUCUGCGCGUAUAUGGAAAGGGCUGAGCUAGGCACCAUCUUCAGUUUAAGUUGGCUCAUCACAUGGUUUGGUCACACUGUGAACGACAUAAAGCACAUCGUCCGCUUGUACGACUUCUUCAUCGCCUGUCAUCCCCUCAUGCCUAUCUACCUGGCAGCUGCAAUAGUUCUACACAGGGAGGAGGAGCUGCUAGCCUGUGAAUGUGAGAUGUGCUACCUGCACAGCCUGUUGUCCAAGAUCCCUGAUGACCUCCCGUUUGAACUGCUGAUAGCCAAGGCAGGGGACCUCUACCUCCAGUACCCUCCCACCCAACUAGCCAACGAGGUGGUCAUUAAGUACAGGGAAAGCACCUCGAUAGCCAAGAAAUUACAGCAUGCAGCAAGAAAUCAAAAGCCGGACAGUCUUCUGAAGAGGUUGCGCAAGCAAGGGGCACGGGCGCUGGUCUUCCAAGAUGGCAGGAAUGUCGUUGUGAAAGUUACUGUGUGGACGCUCAGUGCUGUGCUUAGUGCCGCAGUCUUUGCCGUUCUCAAUGCCGCCACAGACUGGGACUGGAUGGACUGGGAUCAUUGGUCGAGUUGGUUCUGAUUGGUUAAUGGCAAGUCAUGUGAUAGAUAAAUUAUUUUAAUUGUUUGACAGUGUUCAGGAAUAGUUUAUUUUGGUUUUACUAUGUAUGAGAAAUUUAUUUGGUGUGAAUGGAAAAUAUGUUUAUAUGAGUUAAGAUGAGUUGUGAUGUUCUUUAUUUUUGGAAGCAUUAUUUGUAGUUUAUGUGGCAUUGGUAUGAUUAAGGCAUCUUAUGUGAAAGUUUUAUUCUCUUAACCUACUAAAACAAAAUGUAUGAAAGACACCCAUGUAUUUCAAAUCAAGAGUUCAUAGAAUUGAGACUGUGUUGCUAAAGUAAACAAAUGUGCCAACAACAUCUUAUAUUAGCUCCGGUGAAUCUGACUUGACAUGUCAUUGCGAUUUUCUUGUCAUAUGGUAAACUAUUUCCAGUGCUCUCAAACAUGAUUUUAAUUAAUGCAGCUGUGGUAUUAAAGAUGUGCUUCACCUGGAUUAUGAUCCUUGGCUGGUCAGUACAAGAGUCUGUGUUUAUUGGCUAGUCAGCACAGGAGUCUGUGUUUAUUGGCUGGUCAGCACAAGAGUCUGUGUUUAUUGGCUGGUCAGCACAAGAGUCUGUUUUUAUUGGCUGGUCAGCACAAGAGUCUGUGUUUAUUGGCUGGUCAGCACAAGAGUCUGUGUUUAUUGGCUGGUCAGCACAAAAGUCUGUGUUUAUUGGCUGGUCAGCACAAAAGUCUGUAUUUAUUGGCGGGUCAGCUCAAAAGUCUGUGUUUAUUGGCUGGUCAGCACAAGAGUCUGUGUUUAUUGGCUGGUCAGCACAAGAGUCUGUGUUUAUUGGCUGGUCAGCACAAGAGUGUGUUUAUUGGCUGGUCAGCACAAGAGUCUGUGUUUAUUGGCUGGUCAGCACAAGAGUCUGUGUUUAUUGGCUGAUCAGCACAAGAGUCUGUGUUUUUGGCUGGUCAGCACAAAAGUCUGUGUUUAUUGGCUGGUCAGCACAAGAGUCUGUGUUUAUUGGCUGAUCAGCACAAGAGUCUGUGUUUAUUGGCUGAUCAGCACAAGAGUCUGUGUUUAUUGGCUGAUCAGCACAAGAGUCUGUGUUUAUUGGCUAGUCAGCACAAGAGUCUGUGUUUAUUGGCUGGUCAGCACAAGAGUCUGUGUUUAUUGGCUAGUCAGCACAAGAGUCUGUGUUUAUUGGCUGAUCAGCACAAAAGUCUGUGUUUAUUGGCUAGUCAGCACAAAAGUCUGUGUUUAUUGGCUGAUCAGCACAAGAGUCUGUGUUUAUUGGCUAGUCAGCACAAGAGUCUGUGUUUAUGCCCUGCAUAACUCACGAUGCCCUCUCACUUUAAGCUGACACUACGUAAUAUGAGUUAAUCAAUUAAUAGUUAAUAAUGGUAUAAUCGAUGGUUAUGAAAAUCAACAUGAUUUAAAAAGUAUAGUUUUCAGUGUAACCGGCAAGGGGAGUCUACAGUUUUUAUUUCAUGUUUUAUAUGAACAUUCUUGAACGUACUCAAGUUUUCAUUUCUGCAUAGAAUGUCCUUUAAUCUGUGCCUUCAACUCAUUAUUUGAUCAUUACCCGUUGCUUACAGACAUAAAUAACCCUGUCUGGGUUCUGGGUUAGAAUUUGCCUAUGCUGGCUGUAAGAGGCAACUGGAUUGGGUGGUCAGGCUCGAUGACUUAGUAAUGUAUUUUCCAAUCUCAUUGAAAUCAGAUCUUAGUUAUCGCUACCGCUAA